GGGUCUCCCCUGAAGGCUUUGCACCUUUAGGAAUGGAGCCCGUCCCUUGACUGCUGCCUGCUCCUGAGAUACCCCAGAAGAGCGCCGCUUUCCCGGGACAGGGGAAACUACAUUUCCCACGAGGCUUUUCUGAGGUUGCCACCAGGCGCUUCCGCAAGGCGGGGUUUGAGCCCCGUGCGCUACCCUCCUGGGGCAUCCGCGCUCGGGAGCGGCUGCAGCUGGGGAGGAGGCUCGGGAGCGGUGUCGAGCAGUCCCAGCGCAGGCGCACAGCGGGCAGGCCUGCGCCCCAGUCUGGCUGCCGGCCUCCGUGCGCGACCCACGCAAGUCAGGGUCCCGCUCAGAAAGAACUUCUCGCCAGAGGAAACCCCAAAAGCCCAGAAAAGUUCUUAUCAGUCAAGCCCUUAGUCAUUUUAGUCAACAGUGGGAAUUCCAGUGGUUGCUUCAGUUUUUGGCUUAAAGAAGACAUGUGUGACCAUGGACCAGGAACGCCCGCGCUGUGACCUCAGCAUAAACAACAGAAAUGAUCUUCGAAAGGUUUUGCAUCUCGAAGUUCUCUAUAAGGAGAACAAGGCAAAGGAAAAUCCUCUAAAAACGAGCCUUGAACUCAUCACCAGAUACUUUCUGGAUCACUUUGGAAAUACGGCUAACAAUUUCAAUCAAGAAACCCCAAUCCUUGCACUCUCAGUUCCAAAGAAAAAUAACAAAGUGCCAUCGAGAUGCUCAGAGACUACACUGGUAAAUAUAUAUGACCUUUCAGACGAAGAUGCAGGAUGGAGAACAUCGUUGUCAGAAACAAGCAAAGCCAGGCAUGACAAUCUUGAUGGAGAUGUACUUGGUAAUUUCAUAUCAUCUAAAAGGCCCCCACACAAAAGUAAGCCCAUGCAGACGGUCCCGGGUGAAACUCCUAUGUUGGCUUCUGCAUGGGAGAAGAUGGACAAGGUUCACUCGUUGGAGCCUUCCUUGGAUGUGAAGAGGAUAGGAGAGAAUUCCAGGCCAAAGUCUGGUCUGACUGUGCGAGGCGUGAUGACUGGGCCCAUUGCCAGCUCUCCGAAGGAUUCUUUCCACAAACGCUCUCUGAGACGGUCCCUGUCCUCAAGCAGCUCCACCCAGCCCCAAGAGGAGAGCUGUAAGGUCCCUGAGCUCUUUGUCUGCACCCAGCAGGACAUCCUGGCUUCCAGCAACAGCUCCCGCUACAGGCCCUCCCUGAGUCAGCUUAGUGAAUUGACUGUAGAAAAGCAGAAAACCACUGCCAGUAGCCCUCCCCAUCUGCCUAGCAAAGGGCUGGCCCCGUGGGACAGGGCCAGACAGAGAGAUCUUUCAGAGGACAGCCCAGCAGUGGACGACAACACAGAUGCAGACAGGACACCUUUGAAGUUCUGCUUGCCUGGUGGUAAUUCCAGGAUGACCCAGGAGAGGCUGGAAAGAGCGUUCAAACGGCAGGGCAGCCAGCCCACACCUUUCAGGAAAAAUCAGUUGCUGACGUCUGACAAGGUGGAUGGUGAGCUGGGUGCCCUGCAGCUCGAGGAUGUGGAGGAUGAGUUGAUAAGGGAAGAGGUCAUCCUGUCCCCAGUCCCAUCAGUGCUCAAGCUGCAGACAGCAUCAAAGCCAAUUGACCUUUCAGUAGCAAAGGAAAUAAAGACCCUUCUCUUUGGUUCCACCUUUUGCUGUUUCAAUGAAGAAUGGAAACUUCAGAGUUUUUCCUUUAGUAACAUAGCCUCGUUAAAAUACGGCAUUGUGCAGAACAAGGGUGGUCCUUGUGGAGUCCUGGCGGCUGUCCAAGGCUGUGUCCUACAGAAACUCCUGUUUGAAGGAGAUAGCAAAGCUGACUGUGCUCGGGGGCUGCAGCCUUCAGAUGCCCACCGGACCCGCUGCCUCACCCUGGCCCUUGCAGACAUUGUGUGGCGGGCGGGGGGCCGAGAGAGAGCUGUGGUUGCAUUGUCUUCAAGAACACAGCAGUUCAGUCCAGCAGGGAAAUACAAAGCAGAUGGAGUCUUAGAAACACUCACGCUCUACAGUUUGGCCUGCUAUGAGGACCUGGUGACUUUCCUUCAACAAAGCAUUCAUCAGUUUGAAGUAGGCCCCUAUGGAUGCAUCCUGCUCACCCUGUCUGCCAUCUUGUCCAGGUCCACAGAGCUCAUCCGCCAGGACUUUGAUGUCCCCACCAGCCACCUGAUUGGAGCACAUGGCUACUGUACACAGGAACUUGUCAAUCUGCUCCUGACUGGGAAAGCUGUGUCCAACGUUUUCAACGACAUGGUGGAGCUGGAUUCUGGAGAUGGGAACAUCACGCUUCUCAGAGGGAUUGCUGCACGCAGCGAUAUUGGCUUCUUAUCUCUCUUUGAGCAUUACAACGUGUGCCAGGUUGGCUGCUUCCUGAAGACCCCGAGGUUCCCCAUCUGGGUGGUGUGCAGCGAGAGCCACUUCAGCAUCCUCUUCAGCCUGCAGCCAGGGCUCCUUCGUGACUGGAGGACUGAGAGGCUCUUUGACUUAUACUACUACGAUGGCCUGGCCAACCAGCAGGAGCAGAUUCGGCUGACUAUUGAUACCACCCAAACCGUCUCUGAGGACAUAGACAACGACCUUGUCCCACCCCUCGAGCUCUGCAUCAGAACCAAGUGGAAGGGGGCAUCAGUGAACUGGAAUGGCUCAGACCCCAUCCUGUGACUGCUGGAUGUGGGUAAACCCUGUGGUCCACCACUCAUCACCGAGGAUGACACCUGAACCCCAGGCCUCUGGGGCAAGUCUCUGAGAAGAGUGUCACCUCAGCCAGGGUCAGCAUGGCUGUAGAAGCAUCCAGAGCCUCCCUACCCCUUCCAUGAAGGGCCCACCCAAGACCAUGCUGGGGACCCAGUGUGUUGCUACGUCCCCUCCCAGCUGAGCCGUGAAUGCUGGGUACUAGAAGGAGGUUGCCAGCGUUUCUGCUGCCUUCGACUGCAUCCCUCCCCUGCUUCCCGCUGGAUGGUCCCUCGCCCAGGCCUGUGAUGUGGUUGGCCCCGGGGACUCACUUCUGGUAGCUGGCUUUCUAUAAAAUGAGUCAAACCUGUG